AUGAUGAAAAUGUUACCUUUUUUCCAAAGUGGUCCCCUUGGAAUACACAAUGGAUCAGAGGGUUGCAUUGGUGCAAACAGGCAGCUUGAAAACCCUUCGACAUCAGUAGCUGAGCAAGUCCCUGCCUGUCCUGAACCUUCUGGAGACGAGAUCUGGUCCAGGGACCAGGAGAAGAUGAGUGAAAGACCAGAGGCAGCCUGCAGACCCUCACGUGCAUCUUCCAUCACAAGCAAUGGGAGCUGCACCUCUGCUGGGGACAGCCCUGAAAAGGGGAAGAAAGGAAUAAAGGGAAUCCUUACAAGUGCACUUAAGAAAAUCAAAAAGAUCAAGCCACCCAGUGUCAGACAAGUCAUGGACCUCAUUGAAGAGCAAAAGCUUUGCGACGCCGCUCAGCAUCUAAUUGUCCUGGAGAAGAGCCUGUCUAGCAAAAGUGAGGAGGGACUGAAUGCCAGCCAGCAAGACAUCGAGUCUGUCUACGAGGUUCUGAAACACAAAGUCUUCAGCAUCUUGAAAGACUCCAUAGUGUUAGCGAAAACAAACCCAGAACUGCUGCAGCAGGCAGUAGAGGCACUGAAAGAGCAGGAGAAAGAAGAUCAGAACUACAUGUCAGAGAAUCCACCUGACCCAAACAUGCAAUUUAGACCUAGAAAAUGGAAAGAGCUUUGGAUGGCUACAGUAAAGGAGUCGGUAGAGACUCGAAUGAAAGACACAAGCCGUACGCCUAGAACUGAGAACCUCUCUACGGUUGGCCAGAACCUCCUACACAUGGGAAAGACAAUGAAAGAAGAUUUGACAGUAGUUGUAAAGUACAUUAAACAGCUUUAUCCUCCCGAGUUUAAUGUGUUCAGCACAUAUGCAGAACUCUACCACAAUUAUUUUGCCUCCCAGGCAAAGAAAAAUGCUGAGUCUCAUCUGGAAGACAAGGAUAUUUACCUUCUCCUCUCAUGGGUGCACAACAUUUAUCCAAAAGAUAUGAGAAAAGAUCAUGUUUUAGCCGAGGAGUUGGAAAAAGUUAAGCUUGGAAGCCUUUUGCCAUCAAGUCUGAGCACAGAGCUUGAAAAGAAAUACCUUGACAGUGAAGAGGCUACUAUCAAAAAUUCACUGAGCAAAUGUUUAGAUAAAGAAAUCCAAAGAUGGAAAGAAGACAAAGAACCAGAGAAACUAAACGGGCAUUUUCAGAGUGAACUACUAGCAAUAUUUGUUAUCCAGAGUAUCUACAGCGGCCAGAAGCGAGCCAAGGACAUCAGCGCAGCAGUGGGCGAGGAGCUGUCGCAUCGCCUGUGGAAGGAGCUGCCUGCCUUCCUGAAAAGCUACAAGGAUGCUUUUGAAGACUUUAAGGAGAAAAGCAAGAAGCACAGACACUACAAGCCUAUACUGAUUGCAAAUAUUAACAACUGCUGGAAUUUUAGAGACUACGCAGAGAAAAACAUGGCAGAAAAAGAUGACAAUAAAGCCAGUAUCCUAAGCACUCUCGGCGACAUUGAAAACAGCGGCUUUGACGUGCUGCUUCAACAGCUGUUUGCCCAGCUGAAGCCAAAUUAUAAGAAGUUUACAGAAAAUAAGUGGGACUGCAGCAAUGAAAUUAUGAACGAGAUCAUUAAAACCACCAGCAAACAUAUUUCAGACUUCCGGACCCUAAAGGACUCUUUCUACCACGUUAUCGUCGAGAAGAUCCAUGCCCAUUUGGUUAAAGAGUACAUUGUGAGGCUGCUGAAGAGGAAAGUCAGCCUGAAAACUCCAGCUCAACAGCAAAACCUGGCCCAACACAUCUCCAAGAACGCUGCUGACCUGGAAGCCUUCUGCACCAGCAGUGGGUCUCAAGCCACGUGGCUGAAUCUGGCGCUUCCCAAACUGGCUGAAAUAAUCCGACUUCAGGAUUUAGGUGCUAUUAAAAUUGAAGUUGCAACACUCGCCACAACAUACCCAGAUAUCCGCAAAAAGCACCUGGAAGAAAAAAAAGCCAAUUUGUCACGCAGCGAACUCAAAAGCAUCCUGGGCUACUUGGCAGACUGCACGGCUUCCACGCUGCCCGGGGUCCCGCUCUUCUCCAACAUAAAUGUGUCCUAG